CCCUAGUAUUCCCUACCUACUUCUUGAUCGUUCAUAUAAUUUCAAUAAAAUCUUUAUAUUUCUUCCUGCUUGAACCCCUGUCUAUCUUAAUUAAUAAUCGCUAUUAUUUAAUAUAUAGUAUAAUACACAAAAUGACAUCCGCAUCUGCAACAGAAGAGAUAGAUGAAGCAAAAGAGCGGGCUCACUUCCGCGCGGUUGUAAACGCUUUUAAAUAUUACAAACUGUGCAGCUUAGACCGUAUACAUAAAUCGGAAAAAAUCAUCUCAAUGCUGCCAUCAAACCACCAAAGACGACUGGAAAAGUACAAAACUUAUUUGAGCAAAUUCAAAAAGUGUCUGGACGUCAAUAACAGCAUCGUACACAUGAUAAUAACGGACGUGGACACAAUGUUUGAGAACGUCGACCACACUGCCAAGUCCACGAAUGGCACUGAAUGUUUUGGAUUUGAUUAUAAUAACUGUGAGAUUGUAUCCGAGAAACAACAUAAGAUGCAUCAUGAUGUUGAAAAGGUGCAGUCUGUAUUGAAGAAUAUAGUCAGGGAUUGGAGUGACAUGGGUGCAGCGGAAAGAGAGCAGUGCUACAAGCCUAUACUUGACGAAAUCGAGGAACGGUUUCCUCCUGAAGAAUGCGGAGACCGCAGCCAUGUCAAAGUGCUGGUACCUGGUGCAGGCUUGGGCAGGCUGGCGUGGGAAGUGGCCGCGCGAGGUUUCACCUGCCAGGGGAAUGAGUUCUCACUCUUCAUGUUGUUUGCCAGUAACUUCAUUCUCAACAGGUGUCCACAGGUAAACAAAUACACAGUCCAUCCGUGGGUGCACCAGUAUGUGAACAAUGUGACGUGUGAACACCAGCUCCUUGCUGCUAUGUUCCCCGACGUCAACCCCAGUGGGGACCGGCCUAAUCAUAAUUUCUCCAUGACUGCUGGUGACUUCCUCAAGGUAUAUAUGGAAGGCGAGGAAUGGAACUGCGUAGCGACCUGCUUCUUCAUAGACUGCGCGCCAAAUGUGAUAGAAUUCAUAGAGAGGAUAUACAGCAUAUUGGAGCCAGGUGGCUACUGGGUGAAUUUGGGUCCCCUGUUGUAUCAUUACAGUGAUACACCGACAGAAAACAGCAUCGAGCCGCCGUACGACAUACUAUUAGAGAUUAUAAGGGACAUAGGAUUUGAUAUACUGAAAGAACAGACUGGCGUCAAAACGAAAUACGCACAGAAUCCCAACUCCAUGAUGCAGCAUGAGUAUGACUCCGUUUUCUUCGUAUGCAGAAAGCCUUACUGAAUAAAAGCUAUGUGUAUAUAUUCUUCAGGAAUUGUCGGCAUUACUCUGUGUAAAUGUACAAUAUAUAUAUUUUUUGUUAUGAAUGAAUGGUGCACCCGCCUGCGCUAAUGGUAUAUGUUGGCGGGGCACCAGUGGAGGAUGAUAAGAUGUGCAUGAGGUCAGGUCAGUUAGCCCAUCGUGACAGAUUCCCCUGAAAUUAACCCAUCAUGGUUAAUUUCAAGUGAAUCUACCAUCUUUCCAGGAAGAACCGCGUGGAGGUCGACCUAAUAUGGUACGAUGCUAGCAAUGGGGUUAUAAUCCCCGUUUUACGUUUCCAAUUUCAGAAAAAA